GCAAAUCAGUACGAGAGCAUCGUGACUGUAGCAUUACGCCGUACACUACGUUUUCUCUGCGUUUUAUUUCGGAAGCCCCGAGCGGAAGUAGUAUUGUUGCGCUGUGGUGGAGGCUGGUGGAAGUGGGAUGUGUCCAGGGUGUAUUUAUGCUGCUGUUCCUGAAAUGAAAAUAACUGGAUCCCAGUUGCUCCGGGAGAUCUGCUUCUCCACCGGCCACAGCGGGCAGACCACAGCGGGCUGACCACACGGGUCACGUCGCUAGUCGAAAACAACGAGCACGACCGAGGCUUGUGUGCGUGUUUCACGUGGACUGGACCUUCUGUGUGAAACUGCUCAACCUGUGCUGGUGGUGGCGGCAUGUGAAUUAAUACAGUCACUUCCAUAGUUUGAUUAUACAUUCAAUUCUUCCGUUUUUGGAACAAGAAUCCGUUCUUGUCCACCUUUUUUUAUUGUUAUUUUUUUACAAAUGUCAGCCACCCAGCAUCAGGUGAUGAUGGAGUCCUCUCUAGCUCUCGGCAGAUUGGACCUGACCUCCAGCUCAGCCGGGGUGGGGGUCAACAUGACCCCGCGGCUCCCCGGCGGACCCCCCGCCAAAGAGCAGAGUGGUCCGGCUCCAGCUCAUCUCAACGGCCCGGCUCAUCUGAACGGCUGCGUCCCCCUGUCACAUCAGGUGGCCGGCCAUAAGUAUGGAGUAGAUAAAGUGGGCAUUUUGCAGCAUCCAGAUGGAACAGUCCUGAAGCAGCUUCAGCCUCCACCAAGAGGUCCACGAGAGAUGCAGUUUUACAGCAUGGUGUAUGCAGAGGAGUGCUGUGAUCCGUGUCUCCUGGAGCUCCAGAACCACCUUCCCAAGUACUACGGACCCUGGUCCUCUCCUGACAGCCCCAGUGACCUGUACCUGAAGCUGGAGGAUGUGACUCGUCGCUUCGUCAAUCCGUGCAUCAUGGACGUGAAGCUGGGCCAGUGCAGCUAUGACCCGUUUGCCUCGCUGGAGAAACGUGAGCAGCAGAUCAGAAAAUACCCACUGAUGGAGGAGAUCGGCUUCCUGGUCCUCGGCAUGAGGGUAUAUAAAGUGUGCAGUGACACUUUUGACUCCUACGAUCAGCACUAUGGAAGAGCACUGGUUAAGGACACGAUUAAAGAAGGUCUGGCUAAAUUCUUCCAUAAUGGUGCUUGUCUCAGAAGGGAUGCAGUGUCAGCCAGCAUCCACAGGGUGCAGCAAAUACUCCACUGGUUUGAGUCCCAGCAUCAGCUGGCCUUCUACGCUAGUUCCCUUCUCUUCGUCUAUGAGGGUCUCCCCUCUUCUUCCUCCUCAUCCUCCUAUUCCAUGCUUCUCAGCACCCCAUCCAUCAGCCCAACCGUGGGGAAAACAGCCAUGUUGUCAUCAGCGGUUGACAGCUGUCAGAGGGGAGAGGGGGAAGCAAGACAGGAAGGGCUGGGGCAGGAAAGGGUAGUGGCCGAGUACAACAACAACAACAUUCAAGUGGUGGUGCCCUGGGACUUCAGCCUAGCCACAAUUUACACCAACCACAUGAAACAUGGCCACCACUGUGCCAAGGGUCAUCUCCAAGGCACCAGUGGAGUCGAUGAAACUGUGGAGACAUCAGUGAGCUCAGUUUCUGGAGAUAACAACUCUAUAUUGUGUCAGGAAGACAACUCCACAUGGAAACGAACAGGAGAGUCAGAGCAACCACCAAACGGCAACAGAAACAAAUCACAACUGGAAAGAAAGGUUGUCGAAGGAGAGAGGGAGAAGGAGGCAGAGGAGCUGAAAGGACAAGGACACGAGACAAAAGAGGAGAGUCAGAGAGACACAGAGGUGGAGGUGAGGAUGAUUGACUUUGCCCACGUUUUCCCAAGCGAGAGCCACGAUCAUGGCUACAUCUACGGCCUCAAACACCUGCUGACAGUGCUGGAGCAGAUCCUCUGUGAUUCUGCGUAGAGCUCCCACUCCUUCCUACCCCAGCUGAAGCUCCACAACUGCUCGUAGUGAACCUCUGUCUCCUCCCCGUCAACCCUCCUUCUGUCUUCUCAAAAGGCGGCGGAGAGGGAAGAAUCAAAGAAGUGAAUAUUAAAACUGAACCAUCAUCAUCGUCGUCAUCUUCAUCAUCUCAACUGGUUGUGAUGGUCCUUUGGUCACGUGCGUGUCUGUGUCUGUACGUGUGCCUGUAUGCAGAGGGGAAGUGGCAUAAGGUGACAGCUGCAUUUCUACAUGCUACAUGCACUAGUCAGUCCAUGAAGGCAUUACAACCCUGUACUUAAACACAACAUCUUUAGCUGCAUGAUUUACUGAUGCCCACACAAGCUCCAUGUAACCUGACUUCAACGUUAGUCCAUUUAGAAUGGAUUUAAAUCUCAAAGUGGUUAACAGUACAUAUGAAACUAGGGGUAGGGAUUAUAACAGAUAUAAUAGGAAUUAGGCAAGUAACAGGGAUUUCUCUCCACAGUUUAUAUCAUAGCAACUGUCCCUUUAAAGUCUUUGGUGUGCUGCACAGGGUUAUGGCAAUAUGGUUUUACAUGUCUUUGACAGCAAUGUGAAUCAAGUACUUGGAUUUCUUUUUUCAGAGGCCAAAUGCAGACAUUCCAGUAACAAUUGAAUUUCUUAGAAAUAUGCUAUAUACUGUCAAUAUUGCAAUAUACAAUAACUUGUACUGUGAUAGCCAUGUUCCUCCAUAUUGCCAUUGCCACUGAUACCUUACAUGUAUUUUGAUAAAGCAAUCCAGCGCACAAUGGGUCAGUUUUUAAUCAGAUGUCUGAAGCUUAGUAGCUGUAAUAAUUUCAGUGCUUUCUUUAAAUGAAAAACUAUGUAACUUCUGCUGAGCAGCGGCAACAAGUAGCUUCUGCAGCCACAAGUGGUUUAUACAGGAUGCAGGUACAUUCAGAUCUGUGGGAUCUAAUUCUGAGCAUUAAGGUAACUAGAAGCAGCGCAAACACAAAAUCAUAAUUUUUAGUACAAACCAGCAGUCACGCUUUCCUAAAAACAUCUAGUGUUAUCGAUACAAGGAUUAACCUCUGUCGUGAUGUCUCUACUUAGAAUACCAAACCUGCUUUUCUUUUAUUAGCUGAACACCCACAUGUGGAGUGUGACGUAGUGCCCUGAAGCAGUACGCAUUUAUCACAGAAGAUCACACCCAAGCUGUAUGGUGCAGGAAGUUCAGGGUGCAUAUACCAAUCAAGUCAGUAAGCACCAUCACAUGGUUUUUGAACUGUUGAGUUAAGUAAAAUAGUUUCUUUAAAACAUAGGGUUGUUUUUGACAACUGGCAAAUUAGGAGCAAGAUAAGAAAUGAAAAUUAAUAUAGCUGAUUUGAUGCGUUCUAAAAACGUUCUCGAGCGGAACCACUCCUGAUCCUUUGGAUUGGCUUCGUAGUCCUCUGCUCUAAAGCUUUUCUGCAGUGGAAGAAGUUUGUUUGAAUCUAAUGGAAAUUGAUCUGUUGACUUGAGCUUAGUGGCUUUUAUUAUUCCCACAAUAGUAGUUUAACAGCUGUGGGUUAGGCUGAUCCUCAGUCAUAUGCUGAAAACUGAAGUUUCAUUUCCAGUUUAUUGAAAUGAAGCAACCAGAAAGUUAGUGCACUUUAGUUGAUAGCUAUCAGACAGUGAGGCCUUUAUUUAUAUAUAUAUAUAUAUAUAUACAAACUACAUAAACUACAGUAACUGAUAUGGCACAGUAAAAGGCUCCUUUUGGUUCACAGCUCGCUGCCAAAUUCCUUCAUUGCUAAAUUCAAUCGUCUUCAGGACGUCUUGAGGGUUCGUCCACACAGACUUGAUGUAAGUUUGUGAGCAUUGGGUCAACAAUAAGUCUGCAGAAUGUUGAUGUUUAAGUCGGGUUGUCAUUUUGUGUUUUUGUUGAAACCACUGUCUACAGGUAUCUAACUCAGGUAAAUUUACUGUAAGAAAACUGUUUAAUAUUACUACUUUUGUCCUACAAGAUGAUCCUCAUGCUGUCUGGUUGUUCAACUCUACAUGAUUGUUUUAUAUAGUCUUAUCUCAUGAUUGACCUUAUCUCAUCCUCUUAACCGUACAAUGAACUUACACAGUAUAUUGUCUUUUUCCAUGAAUAUUUUAAUUGUUGUACAUGUUCAGCUGCCAAAUCCCCUCUUUUAUCUGAAGCCUGUGCUCGUUGCUGUGGACUAGAACUCCGUCUUGGAUUAGCUAUGAGUUACACUUGGAAGCUCCACCCUUCCCAGUGCAUUAUGGGGUUUGACAGAAGCAGCAUGUUAUACUGGGUGACAUAUGCUGUGCUUUGAUUGGUUGAUAUUACAUUAAUAAUUAUAACUUCCCUAAGGAUUUUUAAGAUUGUAGAAUAACAGUUUUGAGACGUGCUGCUUUAAUGAGAUUCUACUGACGAGUCGCUGCUAAAAAGGGAAAGACAGCAACUGAAUGGUUUUAUGUUUUUGGUGGGGUUUGGGGGGGGGGGGGGGGGGCUUCUUUGGCUCAGUGCAGGUGGAUGUCAACACGAUAACAGGUGGAGCCUACAGCUUCACUGGUUAGUCCUGUUUGGUUAAGAUACACAGAGUGAUGAUCUGUACACUGAUUCUAAUGUUGCCAUACCAGGACUGUUAAAGGUGCCGUGAACUGUAUUGAGACCAGUGCUCUCAAUUGACAAAGUGUAGCUGCCGUGGAUUUCUGGAAGCCGGAGGCCUUUUGUCUUGUCGAGAAAUAACAUAGAUCUUGUGUCUUUCAGCCUUUUGGGCCAUGGCCUUCAUCAACAGAUUUAGAUUCAGUUGUUGCAAGCCACGAGAGUAAGCUGAAAGCUCUGGAAAAACACAUUAAUUAAAACAUUUCUUUGAAUUUUGUUUUGUUGGACUUUGAAGCUCAAGUUCUGUUCAGAUGAGCAGAUAUUGAUGAACAGUUUUAUCUUGAGUUUGAUAAGCCAUGGUCACAAUGAGGGAUGCCCCGAGUCGAAUGGAAGCCUUUCGCCCCCAGGCAUUAAUACAGGCAGUGCGUCCCCAGACACCGAGAGGCCCAAGGCAGGUUCACAGUCAGGUUUCGGUCUUUUGAUUAGUUUGUAGUUAAUGUUUUUGUCAUCCCACAUAAGGGAAUUCAAAAAGGAACAAAUAAUUUUAGUAAUUCCACUAAUAACAACAGAAAUGACAGUGCAGCUUUCAGUGUAAAUGUCCAUCCUCAAUUCAGUCUGACUUUCUAGUGUGAUUACAGCCAAUGAAGUGUUGUGUCUCUGCUCCCCUCGCCUGUACACAAUAGCACAAAUGCAACUGACCUUUUGAUCAAAAGGUGUGUGUUUUUAAGAUAGAAAUAGUUCAACUUUAUCAUUGUUAAAUGCUAAGUGGUUACCUUUGUGCCACUGUCUGGGGUUUAGGUUUCUUUGAAGCUUUACUGACUCCAUCCUCUGCUCUCUACACUAACAAGGAGCUGCUUUAAAAUCGAAUGCUAAAUGUCACUGCCCCAGUACGCCACAAACCAGCUUCGAUUUGAAUCAAGAACAUGCACAGACCUUUGCAGAUGGUAAAAAUGAAUAUAACAAACAAUAUGAAAACACUUAUCUUUAGUAAAUGAACUUAAUCAAAUGUAUUUUGAUUUUAAUCUGAACCAAAAGAGACUGCAAACUAUCAGAAUAUAUUUUCUCUAGCAUUUUCUAAAAAUAAAUAAAUAAUUGAUGUGAAUUUUAAGGAUUACUUUAGAGAUAUUAACAGGAGUUAGAAGAAUUUUUUUUUUUUAGUCACCGCCUUAUUUUGUGUUCAUGUCUCCAUGUUGUAUCUAUGUUUGAAAUAUUGAUUAUUGAUCAUUCUGGCAGCUUUAUGAAUCUCUCCUGUUUCUAGUCAGUUGUAUUAUGGCUAACUAAAAAAAGCAUAUCAUGCAUUAGCAUACAGGGCAUUCUUGAUUGAAUUGGUUUGGUAGUCAACUGACUCGCUGUAAUGCAACCUUUGACUUUGACCCCCUUCAAUCAAUGUCAACCGAUGUUACUCAGCCCUUUCAUUUGAAGGAUUUUUUACAUGUUGAUCCCACGUAGUACUUCUCAUUAGUCAUUCCCUCUUUACAUCACAGCCUGGAGCAGUUUUAGAUCACAUGUUUACUUUAUAUGUUUCUCCAGCCUCCUCUCAUGCUGCGUCUGCCCCUACCAUUUGAUGGUCUGAAUGACCAUCACUGAAUCUAAAGACUAAAGAUUCUCGGUAUGGAGCCAGGAGUUGGCCACGGGACUAAUUAUAGGUAUAUACGUAAAUGUACCUUUCACACUGCAAGUUGAUUUUCAUAGCACUUUGAAAGGAAUAUACAGUGACUGCCUAGAUGGUACAAAUAACAUAUAAUACAGUACAAAAUGAAAUAAAUGCCGUAAGUUGUAAAUGAUUGAAAGAUGCUUCAAACCCUUUUAUUGGCAUCUACCAGCAGCAGCGCAGACAUGUAACAGAACUGACCACUACUAAAUUUGAUCAUUAGAAGAGUUGUGCAUGUUGCAGCUUUGGAAGAUGGAAUUUAUUUACAGUCAGUGAAGAGUCUGGAUCUAGACCUGACCACUCACCUCUGCUACCUCACAAGUGUGGUAUCAUCUCUGGAUGCUCCUUUAACCCAUACUUGAAAUAAAUAAGACACCAUUACAUUGUAGUCCUCAGGACUACAUGUAAUGUAACUGCUUGCACUGCUUGACAUGUGUCGUAUCAGCACAGCCCCCACUGGGCCAUGCUGACUUGUGGUAAUCCAGGGUGAGUGCACUGUAUCUGUCCAAAAGUACAAAUUCAAUAGAUUUUUCUGGCUUCUCUCCUCUCAUGAUAAAGAUGCAAGGGAAACUGUGUCUGGUCGGGUUCUACGUUGUUUACAUUUCUGCUGCUCCUUGUAACCAGGAAAAGUCCAAUACAGGCCAGAACAUGAUUUACGGUAUAUUCUAGAACUCCAGCUUGUUGGCUUCUCCCAUUUGAAAUUUGUCUUUCAUGCACUACAGAGUAAUGGAAUAGCCAGGUCAUGAUAUUUCAAACAGAAUACCUAAGCUGUUGCUCUCCAUUGAAGAACCAUAGAGCUUGUGUGACCUCUUUUUGACCAUUAACUACAAACUAUAUGAACUGUACAUUACUGCCAGCUAUUUUCAAAGCAUGUUUUUAAUUGAAUUGAACACAAGUCAUCUCUCAACAUAUUUCCUCAUUGAAAUGAUGAGUUGAGUAAAUGUGCAUUUUGAUUCGGUGGCUCUUAUUUGCGUUGAAAUACAAUCAAACAUGAUAUUUUUUCUGAUCAAAUCAAGUCCAGUUAGAGACUGCAUAGAUCUGUAAAGUCUGUGCAAGUUGGACGAUGUAAACAGAAGUUAAGAAAUCUCAGAGAAAAAGGACAAAGAGAGUAAUGAAGUUGAGUCUUCUCGUCCUAAAAUUGUCACAAAAUGAAAUUUUUUUGCCUUGACUCAUCAAGAAAUCUCUAUAAUGUCUUCUUUAUUUCAAGCAUAUAUAGACACCAUAGAUUGAUAUCCUUACUACUGUAAAAAAAACAUCCAACUUCAAAUGUCCAUAUUAACUUUGUCACUGUUAAAACAAUACAGAAUAAUAAAAUAAAACAGAUACUGGCAUUCUGGGAUAUGAAAAUGAAGCAUUUCAUUGAAUUUCUUCACAAAUUAAAAAUGUAUCAAUAGACUAAAUUGCAAAAGUACUUAUUGGAUCUUUUGAUUGUACAAUUAAGGCAAUUUCAAAAAGAUCUUUACAUUUGUAUUAAUUAUUAUAUAUAUUGUAUUUGAUUAAUGUAUUUGAAAUUAUUAAUUUAUGGACAGAUGUUUGUAAUUUGAAGUAUUCAUUGAUUAAUUCAUAUUUUCAUUUGUAAAUUAUUUUUAUAAUCAAUUUUAUCGACCCUUAAAUAUCAAAUAAUAUAUUUCUGUAUCUGUAUGUUUAUCUAUGUUUAAGUUAUAUAGUACAAAUACUUACAGUACAAACUUCACACUCCAAACUGUAAAUGCAGCAGAACAUUCAUUUGUGAGUGAAUUUGCUGAAAUGACUUCAAAUCAGCAGCUGCCUGGUUCGACAUCAGUCUGAAACCAUAGUAGAUGCUUUGAAAAAUGAAUGGCAGUAAUGUAAUGUCAAGUAAAUGGGGAAAAGAUGCAAAACCAUCUGUAUGGUUCUUUAAAUUGGAUCCAGGAAGACAAAAGUAAUACGAUGGUAAAAGGGCACGAGUGUCUUUUCAGAAUCAUUUGCCUUCAGUCAAAGCAACCGUCUUUUUUCAGUGCUGCAUUUACGUCAGCUCGAAAGAACCAGUUGAGUUAAUCCUAUCAGUCACUCCAGCUGUCAGAGUUUCUUAAACGAAACUGAACUCACCAGCUCAAAGAUGAGCCGAGCUUCAUUUUUUUAUAUCGACACAUACUCUGCCACUGGACACAAAUGCAGCAUUGAGGAAAGGAAACGGUGUCACAUGUUUUACCAAAAGCACAGACGUAAAAACUAUCUGUGGUUCUGAUUGGCUGUAACAUCCUUCAGCCAUUUUCUUCCUGGUGAGGACUUUUGAUCUACUUAAGUGUCUUUGUGUGAUGCCUGGUGUAAAUGCACGGUUGGUAUGACUGGCUGUGGAAUACCAUCCAUGAUAAAGAGUAAAAGGUGUGACGUGUGAAUGCUUGUGGCAUGCUGUUGUUGCUGACAUCAUGAAAUCCAAACGUUUUGAUGGAUAGAGAGUUGGGCUCGAGCGCUUCAGCUUCUCAACCGCUGUUGGAUUUCCAGGAAGCCACAAACUCACUUUCAAAACGUGGGGUUUUCUGAGAGGCUGAACCUGCUCCGCCCGGAUGAGCUCCACAUGGAUGUGGAGCUUUUCAUCUUCACAGUGUGGGUUUUGAGAAUGUUUGAAUUUUGAUAUACUGGAUUUAACACAUCUUAUAUAUGAGCCUGAAACAGAACAGAAAAUAUCAUAGUGUACAUAUGGAGAGGAACAUCCCUCAACACCUAUAAACCUGAUAAUCAUUAUUUUUUCAACAAUAAAAAUACUAAUCAAAGUA